AUGGAUGUCUUCUGGACACUCCCGCCGGUCUCUAGGACUAUCACAGCUGCAGCAGUCGUUGUAUCAGCUGCUGGCUAUGGCGGCAUCAUUAGCCUCUACCAUUACAUCUUCGCGAGCCACUAUGUCUUUACGACGAAGGUGUUCCCUCAGCUCUGGCGAAUCUUCACGGCGUUUCUGAUCACGAAACCGAAGUUCGGCAUCCUGCUUGAUCCAUACUUUCUAUACCAAUACGGCAGCUCUAUCGAGCGGGAGUCGUCUCGCUUCUCGCAGCCUGGCGACUUCUUCGUAUACACCAUGUUUCUCGCGAGCGUCAUUGCCGCAACAGCAGGUGGCAUUCUGAACCAGUACACGUUCCUCCCCGCGCUGUCCCUCGCAUACGCCUACACGUUCGCCCAAGAUAAUCCCACGCGUUCCGUAUCCUUCUUCAUCAUCACCUUCGAAAGUAAAUACCUCCCCUUCGCCAUGCUCUUCAUGACCUUCAUCAUCGACGGUCCUGAUGCAGCUGCCGGCCAACUCACCGGUCUCAUCGCCGCUCACUUGUACGAUUUCCUGACACGCAUCUGGCCUACGUUUGGUGGUGGAACAAACUAUAUCCGCACGCCACAGAUGGUCAAGGGCUGGUUCAGUGCGAGGCCGGGCAGUGUGCAGGACAGGGGAUUCGGUCAUGUUGUCGAGGGAAGGGGCAGGACGGCUGGUGCGGCUGGAAGUGGUGCACCGCCUAGUGCAGCGAGGGCUACGGGGAAUGCUUGGGGUGGCAUGGGUCCGGGGAGGAGACUGGGAGAGUAG